AUCUGACAGCGGCUACUUAUCGUCUGCUCUUGAAGACUUUGACUUUGAUCAUCCAAAAGCAGAUCUUAUGGCACGCACCAUGCAAUCGGCACGCCGCAGCAGGAACAGCGGCGCCAACGGCACCAUUGUCGAGAACCCGGACAUCGGUGAAGACGAGGCACAGAAACUCAAAGAGAUCGAAGAGGGCGAGAUGCAGGCCAAGCUCAAGCACAUCGAUCGCAAGCACACCGAGCAAGGAGCAGUCUAUUAUGCCGAGACAAUCGACGAGGAGAUACCAGACCAGAUCAACUGGUGGGGCAAGUUUGCCUUGUGUCUUGUGCGGCACAUGGAUAACACCAACAAAUACGUCACGAAGACAAGCUUGCAGGUCAACUCGCAGUACUUGAAGGACAUGCUACGAGACACCAUUCCCAGCUUCCCUGGCAUCUCAUUCCAGACCACGGAGAUCACCAUCGAUGCUCCAUACCGCGUUCUGUACCAUUACAAGGAUGAGCUUGAGGCAGCAGGCAAAGAUCUUGAGUCUGAGGAAGCUGCCGCUCACCUUGACCUCCUACUGGACUUCAUUCAUGAGGAGUUCCAGGAGACCAUCAAAGAGAGUGACAACUUGAAAGAGAAAGGUCUGAUGUCCUAUCACCACCUUUGGACACUCUUCAGGCCCGGCAUGGUCUUUCACGGCUCGAUCUUUGGCCAACCUCGUGCUUUCAAGGUCUCUUCCUACCUAUACUCUUGCAACGUUCAGGACCCAGGCCUGCACCUGCACACCGAAUUCGUCGACUUCGAUGGCGAUGAGUUCGGCACACGUACUGGUGUCCAGAAGAUCAUGCCUUUCCCUGGUGCAGAGCCGAUUGGCGAGCUUGAAGCUUAUCCUUUCGAGUUUCAUGCAAAUCAUGCUGCGGCCAAGAAGUCACUCAUUGAGCGUGGCAGGCGUUUCGAAAAGCUCGCUGGCAUGCACUUCCAUCACUACAGCGGUAUUGCCCUUGAAUACACUCCAUGUGGCAUCUCUCGCUUCAAUACGGAUGGUCGAGUUGUUGUAGACACCAAGACUUGGCACCGCCUCAACGGCAACCGAGCUUUCACCGUCAACAAAUUUAAGUCCAGGGAAGACAGGCGUCGUAAGCGUCCUCACGUACCGAGAAUCCAUCGCUACGAUGACGAUGACGAUGACGAUUACGAAGAGGAGGACACUGAGCUGCUGCCUACCGACAAGCUCGAUCUCGACCCUCUGACCGACGACCAGUGCCUACUGGCAAGCGCCACUGUGCGAGGCUUCUCCUUCACCGAGAAGAGGUGGUUCGAGUUCUUUGUAGACAAGCUGUCGCCACCUGGCUGGAACCCAAACUGCUUCGACCAGCUUGUACUUCCCGCUGCACAGAAAGACCUUGUCCAGGCCCUAGUCGCCAAUCACGUCCAGCAGAGAAGCGACUUCGACGACAUCGUCAAGGGCAAAGGCCGUGGUCUCAUCAUGGUCCUCCACGGCCCACCAGGCGUGGGAAAGACCCUCACAGCCGAGACGGUCGCCGAAUUCGUCCAACGUCCCCUCUACAUGGUAUCUUCGGGCGACCUAGGCACGAACUCCGAAGCCCUCGACGACCGUCUCACCCGCAUCCUCGACAUGGCCUCAACCUGGAAAGCCGUCCUCCUAAUCGACGAAGCCGACGUCUUCCUCGAACGCCGCUCCCUCCACGACAUGGAGCGCAACUCCCUCGUCUCCAUCUUCCUCCGUGUCCUGGAAUACUACGAAGGUAUCCUCUUCCUCACCUCCAACCGCGUCAACACUUUCGACGACGCGUUCAAAUCUCGCAUCCACGUGCCCCUGAAGUAUAAUGACCUCACUCUCGAAUCUCGCACUAAGAUUUGGAAACAUUUCCUCCGGAAUGAUUCCGGUGUUGGGGGGAUUGAAGAGGAAGGUUUCGCGGCUCUGGCCGAGGCUGAUCUCAAUGGUCGGCAGAUCAAGAAUGUUAUUCGGACGGCGAAGAGUCUGGCGCAGUUUCGUGGGGAGAAGUUGGAUCGGGCGAAGUUGGAGCAGGUGAUUGCAAUUCAGAUGGAGUUUGAGGAGGAUUUGAAUUUUGGGGGAGGGGAGCAGGCACGGAAUGGGAAGGGGGUGAUUAAUGGGCUUACGAAUGGUCAUUAAGGGUAUUGAACGAGAUGAACGAAUGUUUUCUAGUAGUAACUCAGCAUUGAUUGGAUCAUGGCGUUUUGGGAUACAAGUUCUUGGUCUCUAGCUAGUACCAAUUGAGAGCCUUCAAUG